UUGAAACGUUGCGUUGUUUUUAUGCUGUGGGUGAGUGACGAGUGGAGUUGCUGUAAGUUUUACAGCAUUUUAUCACCUGUUUACAGUAAUACUGUAGUUUGGAUUAAAAUGUUACCAAAUCAUGUCGUUUAUUACCUGUAUUGAGUUCUGAAACAAAGCGCCACUUUUCUGUUUUAUGUAAGAACUUUAGCCAGACAAGAGCGCGGAAGUUACUCCUCGAAAAGGGAAACGAGUCUGUUUUCUUUCAUCACACCAGAAGUGUUGAUUUUAUAUGAAUGUUAAUUCGCUUUAAAUAAAUACUAAAUUAAAAUCAAAGUGGAUUCCGCUACUCGAGUCUCAAGCUAACAGUCAGUGAAGAUGGACGUCAGCGUCUCCGUGUCGUUCUUUCAAGACGAGCUCGCCUCUACCAUCGAGCACGCAGUGAAAGCGGCUGUAGACACCGUCUUGUGCCAAAUCACAAAAGUUGUCGGCGGCAAAUUCACUGAAUUCCGAAUGGAAAUGGCUGGAAAGGAGAAAGAGAAUGAAAGUCUGAAGCUGAGAUUGGAAAUAUCAGAGAGCGAGUUGAAAGCAGUGCGGGAAUGCAUGAACGCUGCAGAUGCAGACAUUAAACAACCUCUCAGAAACAUGAACCCCGACUGCAAUGAACAAGACUUUCAGAGGAACGAGAACCAGGGAUUAUUUCAAGAUCCCAAAGAGAGCCAUGCUAUGUCUAAAUCUGAAGCACAGGAGGGUCCAAGGAUAGAAGCAGUUUAUACACUAGAGGAGUCCUUUGACCAGGAGUGGUGUGCAAGUCUAAAACAGGUUACAGAGCUGACAUGUGUUAAAGAUGAAGAGGUCUCUCGACUGGAAUGUGUUACUAUUAAAGAGGAAUUCAUAGAACAGGAAUGUGCCCCCAUCGCAGAGGAAGUUCCUACUGAAAAUAAUGUCUGUACACUUGAGGAGAACAACAAGCUGGGAUCCAGUCUGUAUGAUGAUUGUCCACCUGAAUAUGAACUGGGAUUUAGAGAUGAAGAACACGACUCCAUUCCAUCACCCCACUGCAAAAACUCUUCUAGUGGCAAACCUCAGAGCAAGAAACACAGAGACAUGACACCCCAAGAAAAUGCAAUUAAAAAAUUGAGAGCGCACAUAGUUAAAAUUCCUUUCUUACAAGAGAGCCAACCACUUACUCUGCAGAGUACAGAGACUGCACAUUCUGUGUGUGUGAACAACUCUGAAACCCGGGGCAACUUGAACACCUUGCCUUGUUCUGCUAAAGCUGGGAAGAGUUCCCGUCAAUUAGGCUCUCCUAAAACUCACAAGGGAAAUCGCACAGGAAGGGCUCCAUUUUUCUGUGCUGAUUGUGGGAAGAGUUUCAGUCCAUCACAGAUUAAAAGACACCAGCGUGUUCACACAGGAGAGAAACCGCACCACUGUAAUGAAUGUGAGAAGAGGUUCUCGCGACUAGAACAUCUUAAAAAACACCAGCGAGUUCACACAGGAAGCGCUGUGUAACUGCACAAUAAAGACAGACUGAUUUUGUAACAGUGAAGAGAUGGGCUUUGUAUCAGAAAACUGGUGACGGAGUCGGAAAUCGCGUGCGACGGAUCCCAAAGAGAGCCAUGCUAUGCCUAAAUCUGAAGCACAGGAGGGGCCAAGGAUAGAAGCAGUUUAUACACUAGAGGAGUCUUUUGACCAGGAGUGGUGUGCAA